UGUGUGUGUGGGGGGGGGGCCUGUAGGCCAAAAUUAUAUCAUAUUGCUCUGCUGCUGCCGUCCAGCUGAACCCAGAUCCACUCAAAGCAAAAGUCAAUGAUGUCAUUCAUUCGCCUCUUCCUCUCCCUCUCUCUCUCGGCUCGUGUGUUGCGGACCAUCCAACCAGACUAAUGUUCAGAGACUAGGUCAGCUAAACUGCAGAAACACGCGCAGGCUGCAUGCUUUGUCCUCAGGAGGUCGGGAAUAGCUCAGGCUAACUGAAAAUUAGCCCCAUUACACACUCAGACACCCAGACACACACACGCUGAUUGCAGCUGAUGGAGGAAGUGAAUCCAUCAGAGAAGCAUUUUGUCUGUUUAAUCACAUUUUGAAUCUACUGGUCCUGGAGAAGAGGACAGUCUUGAUUGAAUUAGUCUGUGUUGUUCACAGACUUUCUCAGAAAGAAAGCUUCCAUUUGAUGCUAUCAUCACUUUAAAGGACCAGUUGUUUUACCUUCUUUUCCUGCUGUUACAUUACCACCAGCCAUUAUUCUUACCAUAACUUUGGAAUUUGAUUUCAUGUGUUCCUAAUUGAUUAGCAUUGAUUUCUCUACAGUUUGAAAAUAAACUUACAAAAGAAUCGCAACCGUUUUUAUACAUUAGGCAACCAAAUUCAUAUGAUAUUUUACUGCAUUGUCCUGCCUGUUUAUUGCUCAUCUUCUGGCGUUGAUAUUAUGACAUGAAAUUAAUGUUUUUUGACACUCAAAUGACAGAUGUAAGAGCGCCCUUGAAUGCACCGCAAAGGAGUGUUUUUAAACGCCAAGGGACAAUAGCGUAACAUUUCAACUUUGAUACAUUAUGAUAGAUGUUGAUUAAUCCAUCAAUUAUUUAUUUCCUUAUUUGCUCAAUCAAUAAUUUUUUUUAGUUUAUGAAGUGACAGAAUGUAAUGAAAAAUGCGUUGUCCAAUACUUUGGUUUAUGACCAAAUGAAAUAAAUGCCAUUUGUGUUAAGAGUGCUAAUGAACAAAUGUUAGCAUGCUGACUCGCUUAAUUAAAUAUGAGUAAAUAUGGCAUCACUGUGCCUCAACAAAGAGCUGGUAGCAUGGCUUUAGACUCUUACUUUUGUUUGUUGAUAAAUGACUUUAACAAUAACAUGUUUGUCAAAAUUGUGGCCAAUACAUUUUCUGUUGAUUGACUAAUCAAUUAGUUGUUUCAUCGUUGUGAUCUGAAGCAGCUUUAAGUUGAUGUCUAAAAACGUUUGAAAGGCUUUGCUUUGCACUAUGAUUGGCAAUUAUGUUGAGCAUGUGAAAUGUGUAGCUAAAACAUUCACAAUCAUCAGUGUAAAGUCAUGAGUUAAUGCAAUCUGUCAUUCAUUAGCUCCUGAUGCACCAAACGCUCCUGAUGUGUUUGUAAGAAAAUCUGUCAAAAAGUAAAUCCAGCUUACUUACAGCGCUGUAAUACUGAUGAUCACACAUUCAUGUUCAUCUCAAAGCGCCCAGCCUCUCCAUCCAAACUAAUCCAUUCGCCUGCAUUCAUUCGGGAGAUUUGUUCAUUUACCUUUUGAGCUUAAUGAUGUCUGCUCAGAUUGAGAUCAAACAUCCUUUUAUCUCUGUGCUCCACACUCAUGCUUUACACCCACAGGCACACUGGCACAGCACUCACCUUACUGACAGUGGCAGUGUACCAUGAUGGGAACCAAAACGUGCCAGCAAGACAAGUGUAGGGGUGCAUGGUGAGGAGGGGAGAGGGAUAAACAGAGAAAUUAGCAACAGAAACCAGCAACGUGAGUGCAUAGGAGAGAAAGGAAGGAAGUUUGAAUUAUUAGAAGUGCAGAUGGAUGGGUCAGGCGUGCAGGGCGGAGAAUGGAAAUUAAUAAAGACGGAGGCUCGUUUGAUGUUUGUUGGAGGUAUUUUGAUGCACAGUAGAGGUGACACGACUCCAUCCAGUCUCCUCCCCUUCUUGGCUGAGCAUCUAGGUAUCUCCAUCCAAGACCUGAUUGAUGAUGGCACGUGUGGAGGGAUUAGGAUUAAAGCCCUGCUCACGUUACCAGCCACAGUAGCCAAGGAGGGCUGCCAGAGGGAGAUGAUGGUUCACGUGUGUGUGGGUGAAGUGUUUUGUUUUCCUCAGUUUAGUGAAGAUUCAGUUCAAAUGAAAUCGAUAGGGCCUUUAUUCUCUUUGAUUUACUAUAAAUCGUGGUGGGAAAUUGCUUCCUAAAGUGAGAAAUCAAAGUAGCUUGUGUUACACCUUCCUGUUGAGGUUAAAUCCACAAGUACUGACUCUCGCCUUGAAAUAUCUCCUCCUCUUCCUCUUUUCUCCUCCUGCCCUGCUCUUUUACAUCAAUACCUGGUAAAACCUGCUGGCAAGCUGACCGGCGCUUUGACAUUUUCCUCCACCUCACAUAAAACUGCACAAAAUGUCAAUAGAGAAACGGGGGGAGACGGGAGUAUUAGGAAACGACGUGUCUCUCUACCAUUCAUCUGUAACUGUAACAUGUAGCAGUUUAAUAAAUAUCGACCUAAAUGGGAUAGCUCAUCCAACACAGCUGAUUCAUUUAAAGGUUGACAUUGAUUUUCCACUGCUGUGUCCGUGAGAGCACACGCCACUCUUUUUAUCUCAUUCCAGCCUCACUCAAUGCUGCUGCAUAUCUUUCUGGGGAGUUUUGUUUUUGCUCUAUUUUUUUGUCUUUCUCAAGCUCCUUCUGUUUUCUCUUCGGCCUCAUCCCUACGUCAAACUCUCUCACGCUCUUUAUUUGAUCUCGUGUUAGUGCCCCGAGUGGAGCUUAGAGUGCUUCUCUUUUUCUUUUUUUAAAUCUCCAGACGUGUCAGAUAUUGAGCGGGUAGUUUGGUUUGUGCCCCUGUGGUCACGAGUCACACUACCCCCUCCCACUCCUUAUCUCCCUCAAAGUUUUUCUACCCUUUCUCCUGAUAAGGGUUCGCCUCACACUUUCUCUUUCACUUUAUUGAUACAAAAUAGAGAGCUGUUUACGGUUACACGUAGUGCCAGCCCUCGACACUGGUAUCGUGCUCUAUUCAUGUGCCUUAAAUACUUGUAGGGUAUUCUAUAGACAUACUCUAUAUAUGUAUAUGUAAGGAUAAUCUAUCUGUAAGUAGAAUAUGUUGUUUCUGCACAGAAGAGAAAGAUUAGGCCAUUUACCAGCAUCAUACUGAGUCAGGGUCAAAUCACACUGAGUAGCAAGCAGCAGCUCAGGUUGGUAUUUUAGCAGAAAUGUGUAGAGCCCAAGUAACAAUUUACUGACAUCUGUCCAGUAUCAAUGUUACAUUCAUGCGGAGCAAUGCCAGUGAAUAGACCUAUAGGUGCAGUGACUGAGUAAUCAUUUUCAUUUUCAUAAUCUACUUCCCAAACAAAAAUAUUAUGAUUAUACGUAAUGUUUAGAACUGCAACUAAUGGUAAUUUAAUAGCCGGUUAUAAUUUCACAGAGCCCUUUAGUUGUCGCUGACUGUGUGAAAAACUAAGUGAGAUACUUAGUUUCCUCAACAGCAGAUGUUCACAUUUAAGAAGCUGUUACCGGAUCAUUUUCUGCAUUUUGCUUGAAAAAAUUACUUGAAAGAUUAAUAAAAUAUCAAAAAAGCAACUUUAAACAAUUUAAAUCCACCCUUCAGUCACAAAACUGAAAUUGCUAUUGCUGUUUUUGUGGUUAAAUACAGCUUCAACUGUUGUUAAAUUAGGUGACAAAUGAUCGGUAUUACAAUGUAUCAAAUAUUUGAUACGUUCAUUAGGUGACAGCUGAUCAUUUGUCACCUAAUAAACCUAAUAAAUCAUUUGAUAUCAGCUGCCUAUAAAACUCUAUAAAAUAAUUUCUCCUCUUAAGUUACACAAGUCUUGUCACGUAUGUUGUGGUGAUCACGUGAUACCUUAUGUUUUAUUUAGAAACAAGGUCAGAGUCAGCGUACUCAUGGAAAACAGCCUCUUGGUGAGCCAGCGGGCAGAAGAUACCAUUUGUUGUCUGAACUGAGUAUUUCCUCUCUCUCUCUCUCUCUCUCUCUCUCUCUCUCUCUCUCUCUCUCUCUCUCUCUCAUCUUCUCCUCCACUGACACACAUUGACGCAGCCUCAUCUUCAUGACCCACUAAAACAGUGUGUGAGUUCCUGUGCUAAAUAUAUAUACUGACCCUGCUUCUGGCAGUUGAACAUGAAAGGGGGAAGCACUCCCUGGUUAUGUAUUUUUGUGUGCGUGUGUGCAUGUGUGCAUACCAUCACAAGGUCAGGAGAGGAGACACAGCAUGAGUCCUUGAAGAGGAUGUCAAGGAUGGGUAAAAAGGCCAUGAAAGAGCCAGAAACAUGAUGCAUGCAUGAGCGCAGGUAUUUGAGUCCACAUUCAUGUGCACAUGCAUAUCUGUGCAUUUGAAUGUCUUUACAUAAAUCUCCGUUUUAAUCCCACAGCAGGUCAUCAAACUGUUUCAGACUAAUUAAUGAUCAAUUCAAUUACUGUGGCAAGGUGAGUGUGGGCUCGGUAAUAUUUAUGGUAAUCAUCUCCAUCAGCACAUUGUCUCCAGUGGGCCGAAGUUCACGGCCCACUGAUUUGGUCGCUCUCAUCUCUAAACCCUGGUCAGGAUUUCAUUUGGCCAGUUGUGAUGCGAACAGAAAUAAUUAACCUCUCGGCGCCCGUGGUGCAGCUCUCAGAGGCUGCCCAGUACCCUAAUUGGUCUCUUACACCCGCUGUUAAUGGAGGAACCAGGGGGAAAGCCCCGACUCUGCAUAUGUGUGUGUUUGUGUGUGUAUCCCCCGUUGCAUGUGUUCAGUUGGACUGUAACAGAUGGAGAGGGAAAAGAGGAGAAUCCCAUUAGGAAUUCCAUUAAAAAUAGAUCCAUCAAGAGCACAGCUGCAGAGAUAAGAGGAUGGAUAUGAUUAUUUGGUUUGUUUUCCACAUAUUGUUGUCAAUUUGUCAAUUUUCAAAUUUUGUUUUCAGAAAUCAGUGGCAAAUGUCACAUUUUGUUCUCGAGUAAGGACUUUAUUUUUACAGUGAAGGUUAUUCAGCCAGAAAUAUAUUAUUCAGAGUAAAAGCCAACAGGUGCUCUGUCGAUUUACAAAUAAAAAUGUACUUGAAAUAAAUAAUACAUUUUAUAAUUUAGAGUGCACAGGGACAAACAAAACAAAAACUUUUUAAUGGGACAUGUGAGCCUGCUCUUGAUGUUGGGAGAGAAAGCGCAGUCAGCAGGUCUGACUUCUUGUUUGCAUGUAUACUGUAGCAGGGACGACGGAGCUGGAUCUCACAUAUAUGAUGAUGGGAACACACAAUACCACGCACAAUAAAGGAACAAUGAUUUGGUAAAUCUUGCGGCACUCGUGGCUCAUUCUUAAGGCACCCCACUUUGGGAAUAUGGAAGUAUUUAAUUUCAUGACAAAGCAGAAUACUUGCAAAACAUCCCUUAUACAGUCGGCUUGAUUUAACACCUAUCCUUCACAACUGUCCACUGUCACCACAGAGAGCAAAGAAAAAAUAAUGAUGUGGCCCUGUGAGCUUUAUGGCUCACUCAAGCUCAACAUAGCGGGAUGUGACAGGCUCAGGUGUGUUUUCUGGGUGAUGUCAAAGCUCUGUUUAUAAAAAUAGACUGCAUGUAAGAGCAGACGUUACUGGUUGAGUGGAAAGCCAGAACACCAGGAUAGUAAAUCAUCACAAAAAAACCUCAAGUGUGAGCGUAUUGGGAGGUCAAGUUUGCAGAGACACACCAAAAAUCAAACAAGAAAGUCUUAAUAUGUCAGUCUAGCAAUGAUCUCGCCUGCUGCCAGCAGCAUGUAUGUUCUCUCCCGUCCAGAUGGCAGAUAUAUACCAUUGGCCGAUGUUCAGGAUGCUGACAGUCUCUGGCACACAUGCUCUGUCACAGCGUCUCUGUGUGUGUGUGAGACCAUCCUCACACCAGCGAACAACACUGUUACUGGAUGGAACAACACGAUUGCGCACGCACACACAUUGGAUUGAACAUGUGUCCUGCCUCCUGUUCCUUCCUGGUUGUUUGUUACUGAGGGACAAAGCCCUGUUUGAUGUGGAGAAAGGUUUAGACUGAGAAAGAGGCUUUUGUCAGAGCAGGAGUCUCACUGCCAAGCAUGACGCUUCUGUAGUCUGUUUCUUCCCUGAAAAGUCACAGCAAAAAGAAAUGUAUAUUUCUUCAGCUGUUUGCUUCUGUUUUUGGGGUCAAUUCUCUUAGUUUGUUCUAGUUUAGACAGAGAUGUCAUGUAGAAUUUAGCAUGUUGUUGUUCUUCUGAGUAGAGAUGCACCGAUUCAGACAUCAAAUAUCGGGCCGAUACUAACUCAAAUAGCUGUGUGUUGUGACAAUGGGAUUGAUUGUUUAUAUAAUAACUAUAUACUAGAUCGGUACUCUGUAUUGGCCAGUUUUUAUAAGUCAGCAAAGAGCUUCUUUGUCAUUCAGAGACUAGGGCUGUCUGUUUACAAUAUUACGGCCAUUAUUAUUAUGGUAUUAUCAUAGCUGCACACCCUCGUGAUUUGUUCAUAAAGCAAACUUAUUCACAGAAGUGUGUGCAGGCUGCUUAUCCUUCAACCCUUUCUGUCACCAUGCAGCCAUAUGAAGACCUGAUGAAUAAAAGUUAUUUAAAGGCUUUUUCACGUGUUGACCUUUUCUGCAUGCAGAGAGACAGAUUAAAGCCCAAACUGUGUCACGAUCACUGUCCCUCAUGGAAGUGAAGAUAAUUUGAAUCCAGCAUGGGAAUGGCAGACUCAGUCACUAGCCAUGAAUACCACUAUAUGGAAAUGUAAUUACACACUGUUAAUGCAUAAAUAGAGUUUGAUUUCAUGAAAAUAUUCAAGAGAUUAGAUUAAUUAUUUUUAAAAUCUGUGUUAAACUAUCCUCCAAAAACCAUAUUAUAAUAUUAUCUAUGUUGUAUCUUGCACUUGCUAUUGACAAAAAGUCAAUCUAAUUCUUAUGGCUGUCCAUUUGUUUAUAACCACAACAAGGAUGGUCCAAAUAUCCCACACUCUGAAGCCUGCACGGCCUACUAAACAGUCUACCGAUGAGCUACUUAUUCAUUUAAGCAACAUAGACGAGAGCAAGAGAAACAAGGGACAAAUAUUAGAGCAAUACAAUAAGAAAUAUUUUACUGCCCAGCCCUCUUUUAAGUGAGAUCCUUCAGCGGCUCUUUUGCUUCCCACAGUCAAUUCUUGUCUUGUUUCAGGAAUCCCUCCCACCACAGUUUCCUGAGAGACAGGGAGACAGACAAAUAGAGGGAGAGGUGAAAGAGGUUACAGAUGCAGAGAAGGAGAGAGGGAAUACAAAUCAAGCCUGCUGCUAAAAUCAGAACCUCUGAGUUUAGGGAUCACUAGCUUUGAGCAAGAUCUGCUCCACAUGUCCAACAUAAUCCCUCUGCCACACUGUGAACACUUCCUCUUUGACAGACAAGAGUGUGUGUGUGUGUGUGUGUGUGUGUGUGUUUUGUCAAAGCAGGGUGUUGGGAUAGUGGUGUGUAUAUAUACAGUAACUGUUUGAGUUAAGGAUGAGGUAUUCUGCCUCAAUGGGCCAUGUCUUUCUACUUCUUCUUUUUCCCCCUUAUCUCUUUCUCUUUGUGGCUUUCAGAUUCUUCAAAUAUUUAUUUGGCCUUGGAAAAAGAACUGCAAAACCCUCCCUCUAGUAUUGCAUAAUACAAAUUUGUGAUGAUUUAAUAAUACAGAUUUGCGAUGUUAUGAAAAAGAAACUGAAUUUUAUUUCUGUUAGUCUAAGAAAGAAGAAACAACUUUUGGUCGAGGUUACAUUUAGUGUAAUGGGAAUAAUAAAUCCCUGAAAUAGAGACCUCUCCAUAUGGCAAAGCAUAACAUAGCAUAUUUUUCGCGUCACUCAGCACAAAAACAAUGCCAAUGGACAGUCAAUUAGGAAUUAGGACUGUACAUAGAUGUGUUAAGCCCAACCAUGAUGGUUUGCCAAAGCCUACCUUUCGUUUUGUAGUCAAUGUCGCCCCAAUUUCGCAAUUAGUGUCACUCAGCAGCAAAGAAAAUAGAUUGUCAUAAGACUGUGUUGUACCUUUAUGUCCAACUGUGCCUGCUAGAACGACCAUUUGCAAUGCUCUCCCAAAAAAGCCCAGCAUACCCUCCCCUCCAAUUAGCAAUAAGAACAAAUACACAACCCCCCGAAUCAAUGGCGUACAAUCCCUUACGGUUCUGUACAGGCAGACUUGAAACGCUGAUGGCGUUUGUUGCAUCAUCCCAUCAUCUACUCAGCCAUACCAUGUUCUGCUCAGUGGUUUUACAAGUUUAUGUGUGUAAGUGUCAAUGCUUUGUGAGUGGGAAUCAGAGUGAUGGUGAGAGCAGCAAGGGGGUGGAGCUGUCUCCCAUUUGACCUGAGUUUGCCCCCAGGAAGGAUGUAGCUGAUGGGAGGAAGGAAGGGUUUAAUGUGUUCGUACAAGGACAGUUGGAUCUCUCUUGGGGAUUAUUUGGCCUCUCUUCAUGCUCCUCUUUGACCCCGACACACUAUUUAUGAUCUGUACACACACACAUGCACAUUUUCUCCUCUGCAGUCUUCACUCGGGUCGUGUGUGAGAGCUUCCCCUCCUCUGAUCCACCUCUGUGUAUUUAUAGCUCCUAAGCCCCGGUCCAGCAAAAGCCAUCAGAGGCAGCUUGUAAACCAAGCGUCUGUCUCCCUAAUCUGGACAGUUGAUUAGCUAAUACACUUCUGUCGGGUCAUCUGCUGCUCGCUGCAGGUGACACACAGGAUUGAUGGCAGUUAAGUAACUCUUUCUUCCUCCAUUUUUCUCUUUCUCAAUUCUUUCUCCAAUCUCUAACUCAGUUGGUUUUGCGAUUUUUCCCUGGAUGAUGAUUGACGAUUUCCUUCAUACCUGAGGCAGACUGUGAUUUCCUAAAUGCUGCAAUUUCAAGCAUGGCAUUUUUCAUGUCUAGUACUCUGCCAUAUAUCUGAAUAACUCUGAAAUGUGUCAUUCAGCAGCACAGACAUUUAUGUUAUAUUUGCGUUUCAGCCACGUGGCUCUGUUGGUAAGUCUACCGCUUCGGUCCAGACUCAAAUAUCUCAACAGCUAUUGAAUGGUACUGCCAUCAGAAAGACAUUCAUGGCCCUGAUGAGGAUGAUUCCUCGUGCCUUGGUGACGUUUCCUCUAGUGUCACAAUGAGGUUGGAACUUGUGACUUUAAGUGGUAUGCCUUGACAUAGAUUUAAUGGAUUGCUAUGAAAUAUGGUACACACAUUCAUGGUCCCCAGUGGAUGAAUUGUAAUAACUUAAGUGAUCUUCUCGCUUUUCCUCUAGCGCCAUCAUCUUGUAAAAUGUGUCCAAAACUUUGUUUUAUGACAAUAAUGUCAUCCUCAGCUGUCUCUGUGUUAACUGCUUAUUAGCAUAUGUUAGCCUGCUAACAUGUUAACUUAAGAUGAUGAACGUGGUAAACAAUAUGUCAAACGUCAGCAUGUUAGCAUUGUCAUUUUAUCAUGUUAGCAUACCAUGCCUAACUACAGCCCCACAGUGCUGAUAGCAUGUCUGUAGACUCUUGUUUUAUUAUCAACACUAUUCUCUGCCCCACCUGCAUUCACUCUUAUUCAUCCCUGACUCCGUAUUUCCCAGCCUGUCUCUGAAUCAUUACCUGCUUUACCUCCUGGCAUUACAUUUAAUCCUGCCUGCCACUUGGUUAUGAUUAGGUCUGGACUUCCAUUAGUGAAGCCAGCCGCAGACUGAAGUCAGGUUGUUUAAUAUGUGUGACUCAUUGGUCUUGGGAGAAAUUACUUUCCUAAAAACAUAAUAUGCAGCAGUUGAACUGGCACUACGGCAGCGCACCACCUGGCCGUGUGCAUUCAUGUAUGGAAAUUAAAACUAGUUGGCAAAGUGCUUUCUGCAUUCAGAGAUAGAUGUGCCAGCAGUGUGGUAUCAGCGCUUCGUUUUCUGUCUCUGAAAAACAGGAAUUAUUGUCAUAAUGUUGUGACAGUUCAUUUCCUGCAGCUUUGGGUUUCUUUGGCGUGUUGAUUUUCAGCAAACACUGGUUGCUGUUUUUCAAAACCAUCCAUUGUGGCGUAGCUUAACCUGGCCGCUGAACUUUCCACAAGUCAAUUGAGCUUUAUUGUUUGGCCUCUCUGCACGGCUGAGAGAAAAGAAAACAGGCAUCAUUCACUCUGGUUGUCAUUAGUGGAUCAAAGUAUGCAGGAGUAUGCGAACACAUGGUGAGACAGCUGGUCAUGACAUUUGCUCAGAGGGAAUUUCCUUAAUAUAAUUUUCUUUUAUUCCUUGAGUGUGUAUUUAUAUUCCUAUCCUCGUGUGUUUAUAUAGUAUAGGAAGUACAAGUCUGUAAAUGCUCCAGUGACGGAGUGAGUCAGCCAGAAAGCCAGACAGCUCAGAUCAACACAGGGCUGCAGCAGAAGAUAUUAUAUACAUGAGGUUGCCAUGCAUUGCUCAAAACGUGACAACGCUCCCUCCGUACUGAUCAGAAGCAUUUACGCUGGACUGUUUCAGUCUUUUUACUCCUUCAGUUUAUUGAUCUUUGUGGUUUAGAGUGCAGAAGGGGGUAAAUGGUUCAGAGCGUGUGUGCACGCUCCAGUGUUCAUUAUUGAUGGCAAUGAGGUCAGUAGAUGACUCAGAAAUAAGGUGGAGAUGAACGCAGGGGGGAUGGAGUGGUUAUUUUAGAGCAGGGAAAAUGAGCUGAGGAGAACGCCUCUUUUGUAUUUGCCCUUCAUUGAGUCCCUGUCCCCGGCUGAAGUGAUGGACAAGCCGGCAGGUGGUCCUGCCAGAAUAACAUCGCCUUGCAGAGCAACCUAAUGGGGAGCAGCGUGUCACGAUGCAUUAGAGUGGACAGAUAGAUAGGCUCAGAGAUCCGUCUCGGAUUUGUGGCCCAGCCACAUAUUGAGCAGAUAAUGUAACGGGGACAGAAAAAAGACAUCCAGAGAGAAGCUGAAAAACACUGACAGAAAUGAAGUAAUUUACGCAGUCGGCUGACAGGUGUGAGAGCACUGGAGCGAGAGCAGCCUGGUGGGGUGUAAUCAUCUGCUUUUGUGAGGAUAAAAGAGAGACACGAGGGUCCGUUGGUUUAUGUGCUGAUGGAUUUGUUGUCAAAUGAAGAUUGACAUUUUACUCAUUCUGACUCUUUGGACAGAAAGCUUGUGACCUGAGCCCCAGAGAGUGCUGUCACAUGAAGAGCACACACACAACUGACACAACUGUGCUGUGGUCACAUCAGUGUAACACCAUCAUCAACACAUAUUCUCCUGUAUAAAACACAAAACUGUUGCUCCGACUGACCUUUCCCGAUUUCCGUCUUGCUUGUGAACGCAAUAAGGGGGUGUUAACUUGCACCCAGAGGGUUCAACCGUGGCGCAGGGUGACAGACGGAGGAUGUUAGCGCAGAGCCGGGGAAUCAUGUCGGUGACAGCCAGUCAUUGUACUUCAGCGACUGGUAUCAUGCUCUCAUUGUGUCCGUGUUGGGAGCAGACCCACAACCGAUGCUGAACAGAAGCUGUUGUUUUUGCUCACUGAUGAUGUCACAGUUCAGAUAUUAUAUUAAGCUCCUCUCCACACCUUAUGCUCUUUGAUCUCACAGAUGAUGUCACCAUUUCUAAAGUAACAGCUUGGUCCUAUGCCGGCUUUACCACAGAGAAAACAUGGUUAUAUUUGGUUGUAAAGUCAGAGUUUAUCAGAUGUCUAGAUGACAUACGUAUAACCAUUGCUUCAACAGCAUUCUAAUGACAGUGCGUCAGUAGCCAGCAGUAUGGAGGUUACCGACCGCAUCGCCUCCCUAGAGCAGAGGGUCCAGAUGCAGGAGGACGAGAUUCAGCUGCUGAAGUCGGCUCUGGCCGACGUGGUGCGAAGGCUCAACGUGUCCGAGGAGCAGCAGGCCAUGGGUUUACGCAGAGGACCCACCAAAGAUGCUGCUCUGAUGAGAAAGUCUCCAUCAGCAGACAGCAGUGUUGGGAAGCCAGCUAGGCCAAUGAUCGCCACCCUGCCGUUACGGCCCACAGUAAACAACGGGACCAUUCUACCAAAGAAAGGCAGCGGCACUCUGCCCUCCCCAUCUGGAUCUGGAUCUAGGAAGGACACCAGCACUCCAUCCAGCAAGAGUUUGUCCUCUCUGUCUCGCUCUACCAGAUUUUUCUACCUGCCCCUCAGCACUGUGAGGAGAGCCAACUCAAACGAACAUGUGGGAACUCUUACGCGGAAAGAUUCGGGCGACUCCAAGGGCAACAGAACCCGUGCCGGGUCCACCGGCAGCAAUUCCAGCGGCAAACGAAAUGACAGCAAACAGAGGGAUCCAGUGUUCAAUGCAGGGAUGCGACGUGUGACCCACUGCAAAGAGGAAGGUUAUGUGAAAAUGUACUUGAAAGGUCGUCCCAUCACCAUGUACAUGCCCAAAGACCAGGUGGACAGCUACUGCCUGGAGGCCAGAGCCGACCUGCCCAGCAACAAACUCAAACUGGACUGGGUUUAUGGAUACCGCGGUCGCGACUGUCGCUCCAAUCUUUACCUGUUGCCCACUGGAGAAACGGUGUACUUCAUCGCCUCAGUGGUCGUCCUGUUCAACGUGGACGAGCAGCUGCAGCGACACUACACCGGACACACGGAUGACAUCAAAUGCCUGGCCGUCCACCCCGAUAAAAUCACCAUAGCAACUGGUCAGGUGGCGGGGACCUCUUCGGAUGGAAAACAGCUGGCUCCUCAUGUCCGUGUGUGGGACUCUGUUAGCCUCAACACGCUCCAUGUUCUGGGUGCAGGCUUCUUUGACCGAGCCUUGGUCUGCCUGGCUUUCUCCAAGUCGAAUGGAGGAAACACGUUGUGUGUCGUUGACGACUCCAAUGACCACGUCCUCUCUGUCUGGGACUGGCAGAGAGAGGACAGACUGGCUGAGGUUAAGUGCUCCAACGAGUCAGUGUUUGCUGCUGACUUUCACCCAACAGACAGCAGCAUCGUAGUGACCUGCGGCAAGUCCCAUCUCUAUUUCUGGAACCUGGAGAGAGGCGUGCUGGUCAAGAAGCAAGGACUGUUUGAGAAACAGGAGAAGCCCAAGUUUGUAUUGUGCGUGACCUUUGCAGAAAAUGGAGACGCCGUCACAGGAGACUCAAGUGGGAACAUCCUGGUGUGGGGAAAAGGCACUAAUCGGAUCAGCCAUGUCAUCCAAGGAGCUCACGAGGGCAGCAUCUUUGCUCUGUGCAUGCUGAGGAACGGCACGCUGGUAUCUGGAGGUAAAGACCGCAGGCUCAUCUCCUGGGACGGCAGCUACCAGCAGAUACAAGCGGUGGAGGUGCCUGAGUUGUUUGGUCCAAUCAGGACCAUAGCAGAGGGCAGAGGGGAGACUGUGCUCAUCGGGACCACUAAACACUUUGUUUUGCAAGGCAGUUUGGAUGGAGAGUUCAUGCCUAUUACGCAGGGUCACACUGAUGAGUUGUGGGGUUUGGCUGUCCACCCCCUGAAGCCUCAGUUCCUCACCUGUGGCUAUGACAGGCAGGUCUGCCUGUGGGACUCAAGUUCCCAUCAGCUCAUCUGGACCAAGAGUAUGGACGAUGCUGCUCAAUCAGCAGGCUUCCACCCAUCUGGAGCUGUGGUUGCGAUAGGAACCCAGAAUGGCAGGUGGCUGGUGCUGGACUCUGACUCUAAGGAUCUGGUCACAGUGCACACAGAUGGGAAUGAACAGCUGUCUGUUAUGUGCUACGGGCCAGAUGGUAACUUCCUGGCCAUCGGUUCGCACGACAACUACAUCUAUAUCUACGCCGUGGCGGAAAACGGGAGGAAGUACAGCCGAGUGGGGAAAUGCUCGGGUCACUCUAGUUUCAUCACCCACCUGGACUGGUCAGUGGACUUCCAGUACCUGGUGUCAAACUCAGGGGACUAUGAGAUACUGUAUUGGAUCCCAUCAGUGUGUAAACAGGUGGUCAGUGUGGAGACCACCAGAGAUAUUGAGUGGGCCACCCACACCUGCACUCUGGGCUUCCAUGUCUUUGGCUUGUGGCCCGACGGCUCUGAUGGCACCGACAUCAACGCCGCCUGCAGGUCCAGCGAUAAAAGCCUUCUGGUUACCGGAGACGACUUUGGGAAGGUCCACCUCUUCUCAUACCCCUGUUCGCAGUUCAGGGCUCCCAGCCAUGUUUAUGGUGGCCACAGCAGUCACGUGACUAACGUGACCUUCCUGUAUGACGACGGCUACCUGGUGUCAACUGGAGGGAAGGACAUGAGCGUGAUGCAGUGGAGGAUAGUCUGAGGGAGCCGGCAGAAACAGAUGCUGUGGUUUUAAUACUGCUGCUGGGGCCUGAAACCCAGCCGAAGCAAACUGAACUGAAUUGAACUGAACUGAACCAAACCAAACUUAAAUUAACUCAGAAGCUAAAAAAAAGUGGAUCUGCUGAACUGAAGUGAAUUGACAGAAGAGGAACUCAAGGUUUUCUUCCUGAUCUGCUCUCAGAUCCCAAAUGAGACGAACUGUUGGAGGUGUUUUGUGCAGUUGCCUGAAAUACAAAAAUCCUGAAUAUUUCCCCUUUUCUUUAAUCACACUACAUGUAAAAAAUAAAAAUCUCUCUCACAUACUGUAGCCAGGUCACCAAUGACAUGAGUCAAAACAAAUCAAACGGCUCAAACCCAACUAAACAGAACCAAAGGCUCUGACUUUCUGACUGCAUCUGAAUAGUUUCACUGCUCUUGUUUCGUGUGCACUCCUGCCACAGAUGAUGGACUGAAGAGGUUCAUCACUGUGCUGGAGAUCCAAGAGCAUUGGAACACAGCUGUGUAGGGAAGGAAAGAACAUAGGCAUUUUCUAAUUGUUGAACUUUUGUGUAUUUUGUAUUUAACAACUCAGGAAACCACUAGCAAAGCAGAACUCGUCUCUUUUAUUAACAUUGACAUAUCAGAACGAGCCCUAAACACAGCUCACUAAAACAUACAGAGACGCAUCAACUACGGCUAAUAUUAGAUUCAACUGUUGUCCAACCAUUAUUGAUUUAUUUGCGGUGACUAAUUCUGAAUGGAAACUACCCAUACAGUCUUGAUGAUAAUUAGAUACAGCAAGGUUUAGCCAGAUGUGAUGUUACCCACCAUUUGAAACUAUCAUCCUUUAAGGGCAAUGAACAUUAAAGAUUUAGGAUUUUAACAUUUUUUUAACAAUACAAUAUCUGAACACGUUCUAAGUUUUUGUGCUUCCGGGUCUUAAAAACGGUACCUUUCCUAUUAUUUAUUGAUCAAGAGUCAAAUCCUUCCCUCCCAAUUUCAGUUCUUUUGGGUUUUCCCCUGAAAUACAUCCCUGUUUAGUCCCAUAUGUGUACAUUUACAGGAGGCUUGAAACCGCUAAUGAGCAAAAUGUGGGUGAAUAUACAGUGUUUUAAAGUGUAUCAGAUUUUUGGAACGAGUUGUUGUGUCUUGCCUUUGCCUCGAGGUGCAAGGAAAAUGAAAAGCAAGCAUUUUUUUCUUUUUUUUUUCGAUGAUGUGAAGUCUUUUAAAUCUGCAUCCUCCUGCAUUUUACUGCACCGGGAUCAGGUUAGAAAGGAGAAGGAUGAGACCACUACACUGUAACUGUUUACGUCUGAUGUGCUCCUAAGUUGCAAACCGUCAGUCACUGGCAAGUUAUUUAACUGACCUGAACCUUCUUGAGUGUUUUUUUUAUUUUUUAUAAUGCACUGCUUCAGAAUGAUAAAGAUACAGCAGGUCUAUCUACCCGCAAUAGAACAAGCAAAUUACCAUAUAGUACUUACCGGAGCUUUUCAUGAACCAAUGAUGUCUGUUUUCAAUGUUCCAAGCUGUGUUCUGUCCGUACACCUAUACGUCACACUCUUCAUCUUACUGUCAACACCAAGCCAAUAUUACACAUGCAUGAAUAUACCAGCUUAUUUUAACAGAGGUUCAGCAGAUUUUAGUAUGACCAUAACUGAUGUGAGGCGUGUUGAUGUUGUCGGUUGGCUGAUUGCUAGAGCUUCGUUAUCAGGAAAACUACUCAAAUCUAACAGCAGUGAUAUAGUCGGCACGCUAACAUGAUUUGUUUUACCAUUAAACACCUGGGGCUGCAGAAUACAAUUGAGCUUUUAACAAUGUCUGAAAGUAAAUGCAACAUGAAAUUCCUA